ACCGUGCGCAGCUGAUUCGAGAAUAUUUAAUGCAAUGAUAAUGAAUGGAGACGGAAAUCCAAAGAUAUCUAAUUAACAUGGUGUAUCUGGCUUUAGAACAUUGAACAGUCAUGUCGGCAAAUAGCUCAGGAUUGCCAUAUACCGAUUUACAAAACGCUCAUAGCAAUGACACUGCUAAAAACUUGGUGAAAUUUGGUAGGAUUGUCACUAAGGAUAUUCCUGUUUUUCCCAUUCCUGUGAACAAAGCUCUCUCACCAAGUGUAGAACUCAGUUUGACUAUUGCAUAUAUUGUUCUGUAUGGAUUAUUAUUUUUUAUGGUGUAUGUUCAGUUGUGGAUGAUAUGGUAUUACAGACAUAAAAGAUUCAGUUAUCAGACCGUGUUUUUAUUUCUCUGUUUGGUGUGGUCGGGAUUAAGACUGACGCUGUUCUCAUUUUAUUUCAAUGACUGUGAUAGAGCUAAUAACCUGCCGGGAGUGAUAUACUGGUUUCUCUAUUGUUUUCCUGUUUGCCUACAGUUUAUCAUACUGUGUUUGUUGGUCUUAUUUUUUGCUCAGGUGGUUUUUAAAGCAAGAGCCAAGUAUGAACCCAGUAGAUAUAAACGGCCAGUUCGUAUUAUUGUGUGUAUAGCAGCGGUUGUCUUCCUGGGAUCAAAUAUCGGCUGUGCUGUAGUUGUAAAAUAUCAUGAAUCGCAUUAUCAAUCAGUACCAAUUCAACUCUUGUAUAUUCGGGUGGCGAUCAACGAUUCUCUGUUCGUUAUUUUUGCUAUUGUUCUUUCUGUCUGCAUUUACAAAAUGACAAAGAUGUCUUCGUCAGCUCUAGUACUGGAAGCAAAGGGAACAACAAUGUGUCAGUCUAUCUCAGCUGGAUUGAUUAUAACCUUACUAUUCACAUCACGAGCUAUUUAUAAUUUUAUUGCUGUUUAUCCUAAAGAUACGUCUAGAAUACCAGGGUUUGGCUACGACUGGGUUAAUGUCUCUGAUCAGGCUGAUGCUUAUAACCUGUCCGGUAGUUAUGCAUAUAUCUCGUUUGGUGCGGUAUUAUUUGUAUGGGAAGUAUUACCCACGUUUGUUGUUGUCAUGUUUUUUAGAGUCAGAAGAGCCAUAAAUGACACUUCACUAGCGGAUUCGACCCACAGUCACACGUCAAAAGUGUUCUUUUUUGAUAAUCCACGAAGGUACGAUAGUGAUGAUGAUUUGUCUAGACCUGAACAUCUUCCUGGCAGUCCAUUCGAUAUCAAUAACCAGUAUUCUGUGAACAAUACAAAUUCUAGAGGUACGCCAAGAGGGACACCUAUAAUGAACGCUGCAGGAACUCCACGAACGGGUUAUGGUGCCGUGUUAAACAACAGCCUGACCAGAAACGAGACGGCAACCAUCCAUCAAAUUACCUCAAAUUAUACACAUCACCGUGACGAUACGUGAGUAAGAAGGGAGGAAGAUGGCUUUCUGAACGGAACAAAUUCUUACAAAAUAAAGAUAUCAUUGGAUGUUAUGUUACUUCCAUGACACAUGUUCUAGUAAACCUAAUAUUAUUUUUGUCUCUGCCACAUUGAUUACAAAUCGUAAUUGUGCAUAUGUUCUGUUAUGAAACUACAAACCAGGCAAUGUUUAUUUAUCAAAUUCUGCAUUUAUGUUAAAUUUCCAUCCAACUUAGUAAAGUACCUUGCAAAUAUGGUAUCCAUAGACUGCUUGUUGUUGUAUAUUUAUGGUUUGAUUUGCACAAUUUUUUGUACUCAUUUUUGUAAGCGUUGACUUUUGUUUGUGCGUGCAGUAUUUAAUAGACAAUUUAGUAUGUUGGAUGAGAAUUUUGAUAAAUGAAGAUUGUCUUAUGGAAGUUUUGGAAUGCUAAAGAAAAUUACAAUUUGUAAUCCAGGGUCCUGUUUCAUAAAGCUGUGAUUGUGUAAAGUGAUGUUGUUUUGAUUUCAGGCUUGUCCAGGAAAAGGAGUAGGGUAUCCAGCCUAGCCUUAAGUCUUUUCUUGGUUUAAGACCCCUGCGCGCAAGCGAAUUAUUUAAUUCAAUUUACCAUGAUAGUCCCGUUAGUGUGUUAUCAUUUCUCUUUGUGAAACGGGUCCCAUGUGGUUAAGAUGUUAUAACGUGUAUUAAUGUUUAGAGUAAUUUACAUGGCUUUAUUUAUUAAGUCAUGAUGGAUUAUUGAAUCAUGAUUGAAUCGUGAUCCAUUAUUGAAUCAUUAUUGAUUAUUGACUUGUGAUCAAAUAUUGACCUGUGAUCAAUUAUUGACCUGUGAUCAAUUAUUGACCUGUGAUCAAUUAUUGACCUGUGAUCAGUUAUUGACCUAUGAUCAAUUAUUGAAUCAUGAUCGAUUAUUGGAUUGUGAUCAAUUAUUUAAUCAUGAUCAGUUAUUGGAUCAUGAUCGAUUAUUUAAUCAUGAUCUGUUAUUGGAUCAUGAUCGAUUAUUGAAUCAGGAUCGAUUAUUUGAUCAUGAUCAAUUAAUGAAUCAUGUUCUAUUAUAGUGCUUUUACAUGGCUUCCCCCUUCUGCAUCUUUCAUUCUCAGCUGCUUAACCAAAAUUUUAUAACAUUAAGGCAAACCUGGAAAUAAAAAUUUUAGUCUUACCUGACAAGAUGUCGGGCACCGGUGAAGUUGUACCUGAAACUUUUCAUGACGAAGAAGGGACAAACUGUGUUAAACAUACUGAUAGGCAGCAGGCCGCGAGUUCACAAAGCAUUCUUAGACUUUACUCAAUUUUCAAUCGCUGUUUAUGAGAAAUAUCUUUGAUCCAUAAACACAAAACUUUGCACAUAGUUUCUUAUUGAUGUAUUUGAUACAUUAAAACAAGAAAAGUUUUAUAAAGGGUUAUAUUUAAGUUAAAAUAAGGCGAACGAUUUUGAAUAAAUUCUUAAUACAAGUCUAAAAAUGCUUUGUGAACUUGGGGCCAGAUUUUUGUCUAAUGUUGUCAAUGACUUGUGGCUUAUUUCCAGGGUUGCUUUAUAGGAUAGAUUCUUCCAUUGGCACGACGUAUUAAUUGUUAAUUAAUGAAUUAUUGUACCAGUAGAAAUUAGAACACAAAAAUGUGUAAACUGUGUAUUCAUAUUGUAAUUAUUCUGUCAAUAACAUGAAAAUGUGAUCUGUAUAUAUCGAAAUUAAUCGACGUUUUAAACUAAUAUUUGUUAUGAUUGACUUGCACUCAGUAAACUGGAUUAUAUCCCUUCAGUGUCACUACUUACGGUACUAAUUUCUGAUUGAUUGAAUAAAUAAUUGAAAGGCUAAUAUGGGACCUUGAUUAGCACAAAUUUUAUAUCAAAGCUUUUUACAGUCCCUCCCUUCUCAUGGAAUUCUUUUCCCUUAUAUGUCUGUUAUACAACUGUAUUUGCAAUGCAGAGGCCAUAUAAUAGUAUUAGUAUUGACUUGUAAAGGGGAAAACCCAUGUUAAUGAAGUAUUGGCAUUAUGUGGUUUUAAGCUUUCUAUGUUAAUUAAUUAUUCGUAAAACAGGAAGUAGUCAUGAUCCCCUGGGUAGUGAAACUGAAAGUAGAUAAAAUUGGCUACCAAGAAUGUGAAUUAUUUAUAUAUUUAUUGUGAGUUUAUUACAUUUAUUGUGAGUUUAUUACAUUUAUUGUGACUUUAUUACACUAACAUCUCUACUGUAACAUGUGUACUGUAAUAAGCUUGUAGAGGCAUUUAGUAACUGGAUAUAGAAAUACACAAUAACACAUACUUAUGGAAAAACAUUAGAUUGAUAACAUGGGGAGAAAACCAUUUGAAAUGUCGCACAAAUAGAUAAGUAGCUGUUUUUCCAUAAGAAUGUAUUAUCUCUACUGUAACAUGUGUACUGUAAAGGAGCUUUAUUCAUGAACGUGUGAUUUUAAACAUACAUUAUGCAAGAGCUAAAUCUGCCUAUUGCAGGUCUUUAGUUAGGCUUGAAAUGUUAUCUAAAUUAUUAAUUAGACAUGAAUUAACUUAUCCAGACAUACAAAUACCCUGCUGUACAUACAAAUACCCUAAUGUACAUGUAAUACCCUACUAUACAUAUGAUACCCUAGUGUACAUUUACUACUCUACUGUACAUACAAAUGACCUGCUGUACAAUGUUUUAUACCCUAUUGUUCAUGUCAGUGAUGGGAUUUCGAAAUUUUAGUUGUCGGACAUUUUCUUCCCGAAAAUAAAGGGACAUAAAUCUUAUUGUUAUUUAAGCAGGCGUUUUCAAACCACAAUUAAAAAUCACGUGUCAACAAAAUAUUCAAAUUCACACGUAAUAAAAAAAAUAGGUACACCUCGUUAUUUUUCAUAUUUAAUUCCCAUACGGUAUUCAAAUUUAUGUCAAUAAUAUUCCUACAAAAUUACAUGACAUCGUAAUACCAUAGAAUGAAAACGUGCCGACUACUGCCCAUCCGUACCAGUUUCAAAUUCCCCCCAAAUUACCAUAUUUUUGGGGUCAUAAAUCGAUACAUUUUUCAGCAAAGUCCGGCAUUCGUCUUGUACUCCAUUUCGAUUUAUAUACGGAAGGUAAAAAAAUGACAUCCUGAAAUUUAUUUGGCCGUAAACCGUAGUAAACGUCGCUCUAAUACAACAAGUGAGUGACACCAACUGCUAAAUAAACCCAUUCGACUCUAAGCACGCGCUAUCGUCUAAAACAAUUACUGUAACUACUUACGUUAUUCCAAUCGAAAUAUUCGUCAACAUUUCUUAGGACGAUUGGAAAAUAGCAUAGAACAUGUCCGGAAUAUACGGGCAAAAUCCCAUCACUGGUUCAUGUAGUAACCUACUGUACAUGUAAUAGUAAUCCUAAUUUACAAUGUAAUAACUAGAUGUACAAGUAAUACCCUAUUGUACAAGUACACAUAAUACUAUACUUUACAAUAUAGAUUCACAGUAAUACGAGGAACCAAGGGUCCAUUUCACCUUAUAAUUUAGUGCUACCUUUUGUGUUAGGAUCUUUCCAUGAAACAUAUUUAUAGUUCAAUAGAACUGAUUAGCCAAAAUCUUAUUUACGUGGUAGUAAGUCUUAGGUGCGCUUCAGGGAAAAUCCCUCUGUGCAUGUUCUUUUGUUUAUUUCGUAACAUUCCUGUGCAUGUAUUUUUUGAGGAAGAUAAAUCGUUGAAACAUAUGGUAAAUUAUAUCAGUUUAUUUUUUGUUAAUAAGUUUUAAUUGAUAGAUUAAGAUGAUUUUGGUAGUUGUUUAUAUCAAGUAAUGAAUGAUUAGAACAGAUUAGAUAUUUUCAUAACAGAACACAACACAAAGAUAUAUAUGGAUAUAACUACUUCUCUAUUUAUCAUUAACUUGAAUUGACAAGGAGUAGGGUCGCCUGUCCAACCUCAUGGGUUUUCUCCGGGUCCUCUGGUUUCCUCCCACUGCUAAAGACCCCUACGCGCAAGCAAAUUAUUGAAAUAAAAUUGAACCAUGUGUUAGUUCUGAAAUGACCUAGUUUGUAUCAGUGGACCUUAAACCUCUCUCUCUCUCUCUCUCUCUCUCUGUGUUACCCUGUGUUGUGUUUUGUUAUGAAUAGUUAACUGUGCUUCGGUCCAUUACUACAACCAUUUGGACAGCCAUGUUAUUGUGAGACUCAUAUAUAGUACACUGUUUGUGUCCAUUACUACAACCACUUGGACAGCCAUAUUAUAGUGAGACUGGGACUUCACUAUAACACUGAUGUUUGGGUCCAUUGACUACAACCAUUUGGACAGCCAUGUUAUAAUGAGACUCAUAUAUAGUACACUAGGACUUCACUGUAACACUGAAUUCAGGAUCCAUUGACUACAGCCACUACAUCUAGGUUAUAGUGAAACUAGAAGCCACAGUGGCUCAGUGAGUAAGGCGCUGGUUCACUAACCAGAAGGUCCAGGGUUUGAUGAGGUUCCCCAGGAUUUCUAGAGCAUGAAUUCCUGUUGACUGAUGCAGGAUGGACGUCCUGGCAAAGACAAGACUAGUUGUUUUUCCAGUGUAUACAUUGGCGUGCACGUAAAAGAUCCCUCGACAGUUGGAAUUCAAUUGCUGUCCAGGCAAAAUUUCCCUCAUAGCACACUGUUGGACAUAUAUUCCCAUCUUCAUUUACCCAGUUGGUGCAGAAAAUGAAGAUGUUAAACCCCAUUUCAUUUAUUCAUAUAGUGAGACUCUUUUAGUUUUUUACUAUAUCACUGAUGUAGGGGUCCAUUUAUUCAUAGAGUGAGACUUAUAGGCCUAAUGUAGGAGUCCAUUGAUUACAGCUGUACUGAAACCAGCACUAUAGUGAGGUCCCAGUGUAUAUAUUUGUGAUUUUAUACUAAAGAUAGAAAUCGGUGUAAUCUCAUACAUAUUUUAUCGACAUCUUUGCGAUUUUUUCAAAUGUAGAUAUGAAAGCUGCUAAUUUAAUUGUCAAAUUUUAUUGGCUAUUUUUGAAUUUGAUGCAUAUUUUUACUGCUGUUUGCCACAUACCUUUCCAAUUACUGAGGUAUGUUUAUAUAUAUAUAUAAUUGUAAAACAUAUUAUAUUUGCUGUUAAUUAUCACAUACAGUAAAAUCUGUGAUCCUUGUGGCACGAUGUUAAAAAUAGAUGUGAAAUCUUUCACUGGCAGUAAAAUAACAAAGAUUUAUGGCACACUCUUUAUAUAUAUAUAUAUAUAUAUAUAUAUAUAUAU